AUGCUGGACGUUCGCGACGGGAUGGACGAGCCGCUUCUGGCGCCGUCGCCUACGAGCCCGCGGGCCGACGCCGCACCGACGCGCGGACAGAUGCCUCAAUUGCAUCGCAUCCUGCUCUCGCCAUGGGAGAAAUGGGGCUACCAUGGCCGCUUCCCAUGGAAGCUCGCCUGCCACAUGCUUCUCCUGCUCUGCACCAUGACGCAGAUCUUUGUUUAUGACGCGCAAAACUCGGCCUACAUCCGCGCUUCGUACCGCAACUGGGUCUACUUCUUCCUCCCGAGCGGCCCAACGCUCCUCGAGCCCAACGAAUACCGCUUUACCGAGAAUCUGUACACGAUCAACGGGACGAUAGCAGCGAUGCAGAACAUCCGGGAUGCGUACUUUGCCAUCGGCGGGCUCUCGGUCGCCAACUACGAGUACCACUACGAGACACCCAAGGUGCCCGAGCCGAUUGCGCUGGCGGUGCGGAAAGUGAUUCGCGGCCAAGUCGUCGAGAGCAACUACAAUAUCACCGCGACCUCGAUGGGGCCGCUCGCGAACCUCACGUCCCUGAGUGACUUCGCCGCCUUCUUCUACUCGCUGCAGCGCAUGACGUAUACGCUGCGCUUACGCGACAUGGACUACGGCCCGCUCUACUUUGACUGCUUUGACUGGCAAGUGCACGUCGCGAUCGAGAAGGUGCACGCAAGCCAUCUUCGCAUCGUUGUCGAGCCAAGCCAUUUGCGCAUCUGCUCGACCGAAGGCCUCUGGAAAGCCAUUCGACACCGGUAUCUCUGGCUCAACGUGGUCAUUCUGGUCAUUGGCGUCGUCUACUUGGUGCUGAGCAUCAAGAGCCUCCGGCGCUCGAUCCACAUGUUUGCCAAGGCGAAGCGCUUCGCCCACGAGGCGUUGCACGUCGAGUCUGACGAAGCGCGCGGUCGGCAUUUGCUCCAGAGCUGGCACGAGGUUCCUUUGGCGAUCAAGCUCCAGUUCUUCAAGACGCAGUACAUCUUUAUCGCGCUCGCGAUCGUGCUCGUGGGUCUCAACUCGGUGUGGAACAUCUCAAAAGCUGUCGCGUACGUGCCCGUGAGUGAGCCCCACCGCGCCGUCCAGGCCCUUGGCCCGCUACUCCUCUGUGCGACGUGCGUCGGGUACCUCGAACACAACCCGCAUUUCUACUCGAUCGUGCUCACGCUGCGCUGGGGCAUUCCCAAAGUGCUCUACUUUCUGACGGGCGUCUCGCCCAUCUUUUUCGGCUACGCAGUGUUUGGGUCGAUCGUCUUUGGCGACCGUGUCGACGGCUUUGGAGGCCUCGCGCAAUCCUGCAUCACGCUCUUCUCGAUCAUGAACGGCGACAUCAUCCUCGACAGCUUUGAUGCGCUCAAGCUCGACUUUCCGAUCCUUGGCGCCGCCUACCUCUACUCGUUCAUCGCGCUCUUCAUUUACAUUGUGCUCAAUAUCUUUAUCGCGAUCGUCGAAGAGUCGUAUUUUGCGACGCGGUCGUACAAGCGAGCGCUUGACGUGCUCUCGAGUGGCCUCUUUGCCGGCGACUCGAACGCGCAGCAGCAGCGGCUGACGUCGGACGCGUUUCGCAUUCUCCUCCGCGCACUCGAACACGAGCCCGACGAGGACCAUUGA